AUGGAGAUUAACGUUGAUGAAGAAGCUGGGAUCAAAGGUUCUUGUCACAUGAUCAAUGAAGAGAAAGUUCCACUCCUGGAGGAGGAUCAGAUUCGAGUUCAAACUCGAGACUUUCCUUCAAUAGAAAGGAACACUUGGAUACAAAAGGCAAUAGGUCAGACAUUUCAAACGACAGCUCAUCUAGCUAAUCUCUUACCAACAGGGAGUCUUGCAUACCAGAUCCUAUCGCCGAUUUUCACAAACGCUGGACGCUGCAGUUUAGCUAGCAGAUUCAUGACCGCAUCGCUAGUUUUCAUAUGCGGAUUCUCCUGUUUCAUACUUAUUAGUUUCACAGAUUCUUACAAGGACUUGAAUGGAAAUGUUUGCUAUGGGUUUGCUACAAUCCAGGGCUUCCGUAUAAUCGAUGGCUCAGCUGUUCUUCCUCAAGAACGUUCCAAAACCUAUAGCUUACGGUUUAUAGACUUCGUACACGCCACUAUGUCAUUUCUUGUUUUUGGAGCCGUGGUUCUGUUUGAUCAGAAUGCGGUUAAGUGUUUCUUCCCCGAACCAUCAUAUGAAGAAGUCCAGAUUCUCACAGCUUUGCCUGUAGCCAUAGUAGUGUUUUGCAGUAUGUUGUUUGCUAAAUUUCCUACAAAACGCCAUGGUAUCGGUUUUCCACUCUCUGCUAAAUGA